UCAGUAGAUGUCCGGGGGUAGGUGGUCACGAUUCAUCCACGUGUCUCAAGAUCGUAACGCCUCCAGGGGAUUACCUGUGAGUCAAAAUCAUGCGUAAUAUUAAAGCAGGGUGAGUGGGAAGAAGUAUAAUCAUCUGAUCUGAGGUUUUUUGUGGUUUUGUUUUCAUCGAUUUGAGAAGAAUGGCGCUUAUUGUGAAUGUGAAGGCGAGGCAGAUUUUUGACAGCCGUGGUAAUCCGACUGUUGAGGUAGAUAUUCUUCUCUCUGAUGGUUUCCUUGCCAGAGCAGCUGUUCCCAGUGGUGCUUCUACUGGUGUUUAUGAAGCAUUGGAGCUUCGUGAUGGAGGAAAGGACUAUCUUGGAAAGGGUGUUUCGAAGGCUGUGGCAAAUGUCAAUACAAUUAUUGGACCUGUUCUUAUUGGCAAGGAUCCAGUAGAUCAGACUGGAAUUGAUAACUUUAUGGUACAGACCCUUGACGGAACCCAAAAUGAAUGGGGCUGGUGCAAACAGAAGCUUGGAGCAAAUGCCAUACUGGCUGUAUCUCUGGCAGUUUGCAAAGCUGGGGCUCAUGUGAAGAAAAUUCCUCUUUAUCAGCACAUUGCCAAUGUGGCUGGCAACAAGAACUUAGUGAUGCCUGUACCUGCCUUUAAUGUCAUCAAUGGAGGUUCACAUGCAGGCAACAAGCUUGCAAUGCAGGAGUUCAUGAUCCUUCCUGUAGGAGCUUCUUCAUUUAAAGAGGCCAUGAAGAUGGGUUCAGAAGUUUACCACCAUUUGAAGGCUGUGAUUAAGAAGAAGUAUGGUCAGGAUGCAACAAAUGUUGGAGAUGAAGGUGGCUUUGCUCCUAAUAUUCAGGAGAACAAAGAGGGACUAGAACUACUGAAAAUCGCCAUUGAGAAGGCUGGAUACACUGGCAAGGUUGUCAUUGGCAUGGAUGUUGCUGCAUCUGAGUUUUAUGGUCAGGAUAAAACAUAUGAUCUGAACUUCAAGGAGGAGAAUAAUGAUGGUAGCAAAAAGAUAUCAGGAUCUGAGCUGAUCAAGCUGUAUGAAUCAUUCGUUGAUGAAUAUCCAAUUGUAUCAAUAGAGGAUCCAUUCGACCAAGAUGAUUGGGAGCACUAUUCCAAAUUCACAGCUACCAUUGGAGAAAAGGUUCAAAUUGUUGGGGAUGAUUUAUUGGUGACUAAUCCAAAGCGUGUUGCAAAGGCAAUCAGUGAAAAAUCAUGCAAUGCUCUUUUGUUGAAGGUGAACCAAAUUGGUUCAGUAACUGAGAGUAUUGAAGCCGUAAAAAUGUCCAAACAGGCAGGAUGGGGAGUAAUGACAAGUCAUCGCAGUGGUGAAACUGAAGACACCUUCAUUGCAGAUCUAGCAGUGGGAUUGGCUACGGGCCAGAUAAAGACUGGAGCUCCUUGUCGAUCCGAGCGACUUGCCAAAUAUAACCAGCUUUUACGAAUUGAGGAGGAGUUGGGGUCAGCUGCUGUCUAUGCAGGUGUAAAUUUCCGCAAACCUGUAGAGCCAUACUAAAACAAGGAAUGCAAUAUGCAAUCAGCAUCCCUGAAAAUUUUGUUGUUGAGCAAUAGAAGAGUGUCUCACAAUAAGAAAGAUGCAUUAGGUUUGAAUAAAAGGGCAGCAGAUGAAUGUCUUAAUGCGUUACCCAGAAUUUUCCUCCCAACCUAAAAAUGGCUCUAGGAUUGUUGCUAAAAUAUUUUCUAAAUCAAUUUCUUUGUACUAGAAAUUGUAGUAAACACAGAAUUCUGGAUUUACUAGUGGUAAUAUUUAUUCGAGUAUUAUUUUUC